AUGGGAUUCCAAAAGUCCUCCGCGGCUGGUAAGAAGAAGAAGAAAAAGAGCAGCGGCAGCAGUAACAGUUCGUCCGCAGUGAAGAUAUCGUCGCAAACGCCAAUUUUCGGAUCCAUCGAAGACGGCGACGAAGAGGAAUUCGAUUUGGUUUUACGAGAGAAUCCCGACGCCAUCAGCGAACGUAACAAAAACGGUUGGAGUCCUUUACACCAAGCGUGCUUCUCGGACAGAGCAGAGUUUGCGAGAAAACUCGUCGAGCUAGUCGGCGAAGAGAACAGAGUUGCUUACAUCAACGCGCCGUGUAAAGAUGGAGAUACUCCUUUGCACUACGCCGCCUGUCAAGACGCCGUCUCGUGCGUAGAAUUCUUACUCUACCAAAAAGGCAUAGAGUUAGAGUGGAAAGACUUGGACGGCGAAACAGCCUUGGACGUUGCGCGGCCGAAAGCGAAGAGAUUAAUAAAGGAAAGAUUAGAAAAAAUAGCAACAAACAGUACAGACGAGGCGGUGAUGAUGACGACGUGA